CCAGAAUCCUCCGCGCCGAGGGAAGAUGGAAGAACCCAGCUGCUGCGGGGCAACAAUGUUUUGGCUUUAGAUAUUGAAACGGGAAUCUGAGGCGGAACCACACCGACCACAGCAGCGGGUCAUGGUCCAGCACCGGAUGAAUUUGAUUUCCACCUAAUAGAUCAACUGCCCAGCAGCCUUCAGCAUGAGCAUUAUUCAAGACAAAAUAGGGAAUGAAUUCCUGCGCUCCAGCGGCAGCAUGGACACCAAUUUUGGAGGUGGCAUGAUCAUGUUUAGCCACCUCCCUCCAGUGACCAGCUUCACUCGGGUGGCCGCUCACACUGUCAUGCAGGAGCUUCCAACACAUGAUUUGAUCCUGAAGAAGGAGCGCGACUCUCCUGACUGCAGCAUGAGCACCCAAGAUGGCAGUCGGGCGUGUGUGGUGGGCGACUAUGUUCACGCCAUGGGCAUCAAGCAGGAGAAGUUGUCAGAGCACGAUUAUCGCCUGCCGCUCUACCCUGGAGGUCUGGGGAAGAACACAGAGAUGCUGGAGGUGACUGUUGGUAACAGCCAGAAGCUGCUGGUGCACAACCUCAACAUGGGCGGCCUGAUGCAGGAAAUGCAGCUGUCAAGUCCGUUUGAGAAAGAGGCCACAGGGAGGAAAGGUCAGAGGUCAAACAGUGAUGGACAAGAGGGUAAACCAAGGAAGAAGAGAAGUGAGGCCAAGCAGUCUCUGAUGCUGGAUGCAGAUGGAGGCAGUCUGUCUCCAGGAAGCAAACCUCACAUUUGUGAGCACUGUGCUGCCUCCUUCAGAAGCUCCUAUCACCUUCGCAGACAUGUUCUCAUUCACACAGGGGAAAGACCCUUCAGGUGCAGUCAGUGCAACAUGAGCUUCAUUCAGAAAUACCUUCUCCAGCGGCACGAGAAAAUCCACAGCGGAGAAAAGCCCUUCAGCUGUGAUCAGUGUAACAUGCGAUUUAUUCAGAAGUACCACAUGGAGAGACACAAGAGGACACACAGUGGAGAAAAGCCGUACAGAUGUGAGACCUGCCAGCAGUAUUUUUCUCGUACAGAUCGACUUCUUAAGCACAAGAGAACCUGUGGAGAAGCCAUAAAGAAGGGCAUGAAUCCUGGUAUGAUGGACCUGGGCUGCGAUGACGUGGGACCGGGCAGCUAUGGAAUCGCUCAGGGAAACGUUGGGAGUACUGGAAGGAAAAAGGGACGGUCCAAAAAUUCUACAGAGGGAGGACAGCAGAAGAAGAAGAAAGGAGGUGGAAAACUGGGCAAUAAAUUGCACCUGCAUGGAGAUGUAUCUGGAAACUACAGUAUCCAUGAUUACUCUGUGGAGAACCCAACCGUGUCUUCAUCUACUGGGCCAGGACUGAGCAUGCAUCAGGGCCACCAAGCUCCAAAGAUGGCCUUCAAAAAGGCCAACCGUAAGAGCCUGGAGAAUGCAGCUCUGGCCAAGCCUGGAUCAUUGGAGCAGGAAGGCCUGGGCCUCAUGCAGGGUAACGAGGCUAAGGUGGAGUCCUCCAGCAGCAACUAUGAUGAUGCCAUGCAGUUUGUGAAGAAGCGACGCUACCUUAACGCAGUCAAUAAUACAUCCACUUCUGGGUCUGUGGGGCCAGGAGGAGCCAGCACUGAGUAUGAUGUCAAUGUCCACUUAUCCUCGCAGCCUUCAGACCUUCAUGGUGGGGUUUCCAGUGUGAUGGACAACGAUGUUCCCCUCAGUCUGGACAAGUCCGGGAUUCCCGAUGAGGUGCUGCAGAGCCUCCUCGAGCACUACACCCAGAAACCCGACGGCUCACAUCACGAUGUUCACUUUGACAUCAGUGACCAUCAUGUGGAGCUGAACCCCGACCCCGACGCCCCUAGCCCCUCAGGAGACAAGAUGCACGAAUACUCCCGCUUCCUCCUGCAGGCCCUGGAGCGCACCAGCCAUAGUGUCAGUUUCUCCCUUGGUCCUGGGCUUCCUCCUUCAGGUCCCUUCAGCAAUCCCCACCCAGGAAACCCUCUUUACUCAGACAAGAACAUCUACACUACAUCCCCACUGGACUGUGGGUAUGGUCAGUCAGUCGGCUCGCCCUCGCUGCCCUCCUCUGUGCCAAAGUCUCACUUUGCUUUGCUAACGGGCUCCUCUCCACAGCACAGCUUCAACCUGAGCAGCCUGGAGGCCUCCACCCACCAGCAGCUCACCCCUUCUCAGGAGCUCACUGAGCAGAUGGAGAAACAGCACUCUUCCACCUCCCCGUCAUCCUACCAGAUCAGCCCAUCCGACCUGAACGGCCAGAAGGACCAGCCGUCACUUAAGAACGGCUCGGUGACGGUCUACCCUCUGGUCCCCUCGCAGGAUCUGGCCUCUCUGGACUCUUCUAAAGCUUCCUACCAGAUUGAAAACUUUGUCCAGGCGUUUGGCUCCCAGUUUAAGUCAGACAGCCACGGUUUGUCUUACGGCACUGACUCUGGUGGGGAGGUGGAUCACAGGAUACGGACGCCUGUGUCUGAAUUUUCAGGGUAUAGCAGUUUGUUGUCUGAUGUCACUGAGCCAGUAAGUACUGGUUCCAAAACACCAACAAGCCAAAGCUACAGAUGAAAGCCUGUCAAAGGUCUAUGUCCUUGUCCUGUAUUUUUUUUGUGCUAUUUUAUUUCUAAUAUUAUUUUUAGGUGACAUCUAUGUAUUAAUUAUUCUGAUGCUCAGUCUUUAUGCCCACUCUCCUUCCUGCAAUAAGCCUGCGAGGCAUCCUGCUAAUGCAAUAUUUUACUACUUGUUUUUGUGACCAUAGUUCUCGUCGGUAAUCAUAAACGGAGUACAUUUCAAGUGGGCGGAGGCAAGCACAGGACGUUUCUUUUCCAUUGAGCGGACCAUCGCGAUGUGUUUGAGCAGAUCCGUUUUGGAAGCGUAAAAGUGUCGUUUGAACGAAAGACCGCCCGAUGGCAGGGAAUGGCCCAGGAUCGAGAUGAUGAAAAACACAACAGGAAUGUCUGUUACAGGUAUUACUCAGGAAAAACGGGGGAGAGGAGCUCACGGUGGGCAGUGGGCUCUCUUUUCAGACGAGUAUGUUUAUGACUUCUGAGGAUUUUUUUGUUUGUUUGUUUUCCUACUUGUUGAGUGAGUGUGACAAAAACAAACUUCUGCCAGCUCAUUUGAACACUGAAAACACUUUUUACUUGGCUAUAGAGAUUAUGGUACUGUCAUGUCAAUGUGAAACUCAUGUUUUCUUCAAUAAGGGCCAUAGAAAUGAAUAUCUAUAUAUAUUUAUAAGAAUAUAUAUUAUGUAAAAUAACAGGUUUAAACAUGAUGGAGGUUUGCCAUUUGAAGCUGAGGAGAGUGAGCUGGUCAUGGAUUUUAUUUUAUUUUUAUUUCUUUGAUGAACUGAUGUCCACGCUUGUCUUCAGCCUCUCGUUGUUGCUGUUGGACAGCAGUAGAAUGGCCUUUUACAUUUCCCUUUUCCUCGUUAUUUAUCUAAAAAUGUCCGCCGAGCUGCCGUCUUAGUUGGAUCGAGCUCAUACGUGAGGACUGAACGGACUUUCUUUGUUGCUGUCGGGGAAUUUUUAAAGUUGAGCUGAUGAUUUGGGGG